AUGGCCUGGAUGGCAAGAACAUUUCAGUUUUAUCUGUUGUGGCAAACGAUUACUACACUUGAAAGCGGGAAGCACCAUUUUUCAGAAAGGUGUUGUUACGAUGAUUUUGUUGCAGUUACGAGGCAAAUUUUGAAGAUAAUCAAGCUACAGCUGCAUAAAGAAGGAUGCACAUGGGAUGCCGUACCGCAAGAGGUGAGAGACUUUUAUUGGGAGGAAUUCCAGAAACAUUUCAUAUGGGACGAGGCCAUUACGGCUAUGCUGAAAGUAGCCUGGGAGAAGAUAUGCACCGAUCAAUACGCUGACUUCACCUAUAGGAUGAGAAGAAGCGGUAAUAAGCAGCAGUGCGUGUCUCAGGAGAUAUGGGAGAGCUGGCAAAAGGCUUGGGAGGAUCUUCAAGAGAAAACGGCUAAAAAAUUAGGUCGUGAGCCAACACCGAUUGAGCUGUUUACAUACACUCACACGAAGGACCAUGAUCUUAAUACGUUUGUCGAUAGACGUGCGAUGAGCGUCAAUGAGAACUAUACUACAGCUCCGGAGCGUAUUGUUACUUCUCAGACCGAAGAAUCUGAAGCUGAUUAA